GAAUCUAAGUAUCUCUCAAUUGCAUUAGAGCCAGAAGCAGGUGCUAUUUAUUAUGCCGUGACACAGGCAAAUCCACCAAACAAAAUCAAAAGAAAGAUGGAACUUCCGGUGGAUAUCGGCCCAGGAUCAACAUUUAUGGUUGUAGAUAUUGGAGCAGGAACAGUCGAUAUAACAACUAUGACCAUAAUGAAGAAUGGAAAACUUAAACAGAUUCACGAAUCAGACGGCGGCCCAGCUGGUGGCGAAAAUGUUGAUAGAAAGUUAAUUGCCCUUGUAGCAGAGCUGUUUGGGGAAAAAACCUGGAGUAAGUUUGCAAAAGAGAGUUCUCGCAAAUAUGCACAAUUUAGGGACUCAGUUGAAGCUGCAAAAAAAGAUUUAAAACCUACUAAAACAGACGAGGAAAUUGACGACGUUUUACUGGAUGUACCCGAAGAAAUAUUGAGAGAUUUCGCGCGAGAACAGAAGGAGAAUGACUUGGCGUCUGCUAUUCAUAAGGCUGGGGAAAAACUUAUAGAUGGAGGCGUUGACAUAGAAGAUGGACAACUUUGUUUCAAGGCCGAUGUUCUGAGAAAAUUGAUGGACGAAUCCGUGUCGGAAAUACUAACGUUUAUUAAUGAUGUAAUAAGAAACGAACAAAAAAGAAGAAGCAACAUACAUGCUGUUGUUCUCGUGGGUGGAUUUGCUUUGUCUGAUUUUUUGUUCAAGGCAAUCGAAAAUGAAAUUAAGUCAGUGCGUAUUUUGAGACCUUGGUCUUGUGACAAGGCCGUUCUACGUGGUGCCGUCCUUUUCGGACAUAAUGAGAGAAUUUUGAAUAUGAGAAUAACACGCUUAACUUACGGUAUUAGGUCGUUUAAGCCUUUUAAAUCAAAUGAUGAUUUGAAAAGAAAAGUAAUAAUUGACGGGAAAGCUUAUGUCAAAGACCACUUCUCCAAACACGUCACACGUGGACAAGAAGUACACAUUGACGAAUGGACACCACCUAGAGAAUAUAAGCCACAGUACAAUUCUGAAGAAAACACCACAAUAUUUAUCUAUUCGUCAAAUGCCAAUUCACCGAGAUAUGUCGAUGAAGACAGCUGCAAAAGCAUCAAACAAUUAGUACUUGAUUUCCCACGCGUGAAGGGCAAACCUAAUUUAUUAGAUGUUUCUUUCAAUUUCGGUCGUACGGAGGUACUUGCAAAAGUGACACAUCGGUCGUCAGGAAUUUCCCAAGUAGGAUCGAUUCGUUUAUAAUUAAGGAUGGGCAUAGUUUUUAGCAUGUAAGGAAAAAGUGACAUGUAAUAAACAUUUUAAACUUGAUUGUUCUUAUUCCUCUUUAUGCAAGUCAUGUAUAUAAAGAAUCAUUUAGAAUUGCACUUUAUUCUUGCAUAAAAACUACUUUUUUUUCACUUGAUCCGCCCAUGUAUUAACGGGAGAAAAAUCGUGUGCUAACAAGGGAAUUUAUGUGCUGUUAAUACUUGAUUUUUAUUUUUGAAAUGGUUUGCGAAGGACGUAUAUAUGUAUUUCUGCGCUGACUUAUAUUUGGUAUAUGCGUCUUGUAUCUUCCAUAAUAACCUCUUCUAGUAGCAUUAAAGAUACAACGUAAUCCGUAGUAUGUUUUGCUGUAUCAGUUUUCAACCCAAAACGUACUGCCCUCAGCAAUGUACUCACUCGCUUCUCUUACAGUUUACUCCCUUUACCAA